AUGAUUCUGGCAUUCGUGCUUUGGGAGGGUGUCCAGUGCAGUAACAAUGGAUACAGCUUGGAAGUAUCUUCCGUGACUGUGCAAGAAGGGCUCUGCGUGGACAUCCCUUGCAGUUUCACUUACCCGGCAUCGGAUGCUGACCAAAAUGCUCCAUUGUAUGGAUAUUGGUUUCGUGGCGGAUCUUUGGUGGCCACCAAUAAUCAGGGAAGGAUGGAUGAGAUAGAAGAGCACGAUAAGCGACGAUUUGAUAUGUCGGCAUCAGAACUGGACCUAGGUGACUGCUCCUUCACCAUCAAUAACGCGGAAGCCGCUGACAGCACCAGUUACUACUUCAGAAUGGAGAAAGGGGACAAAGCCAAAUACACUUAUUUUGCACGAAAAUUAUCUGUGAAUGUGACUGAGAGAAAACCAGACAUAACUAUUUCAGAACCACUGAGGGCAGGACACGAAGCAAGAGUUACUUGCAUAGCCCAGUGGUGUUCUUCAUCGGGCCAGCCCACAAUCGUGCAGAAAGGCAUUUCUGACGACUCUAUAAGGAAGGAAUCUAUAGUUGAGACAAACACCGAGACAGAGAAACAAGUGGACUUCAUACCUACGGCAGCAAACCAUCAACAAAAUUUUACCUGCAAAGUCAUCUAUGGCAUCGAGCCCAACAGUGUAACCGUUGAGAGGACAAUCACGAUGAACAUCCAUUAUCCCCCCGGGAUGUUUCAUUUCAGCGGGCAGCUCAGACACCCCAACGGAUCUAUAGAGAACUUCACCAAUGCUGACCAGGUGGUGGCACGGGAAGGCGACUCUCUCCUGGUUCACUGCGAGGCAGACAGCAACCCCGCAGGGAAUGCGACUUGGGUGAGAUCGCAAUUCUCGACAGCUCCGCUGAACUUAUCAAACAACAAAAUGGAGAUUUUUGACCUGACGUUGCAGGACAAGGGUGAAUAUGUAUGCGAGGCCAGGAACCAAGAAGGGAACUGUAGCCUGGAGAAUGAAAUCCCAGGAGAUUUCCAGGCCCCUAUUGGAGGCCGGUAG